UUGGGCAUAACUAGUAUAGGAUUCUUUAACAUGUUAUAAAAAUUAGUAACACCUAAAGUAGAAAAACUACAGUAUUAAUUAACAAAACAAGAAAAAUCGUAGGGUCUUAGUUGUUCAUCAUGUUGAUGCCAGUUUUCACAUUGAAUCUUAACCACAAGAUUCUCCCGCAUAGAUUGACUAUUGGAAAGUUUGAUGGCAUUCAUCCAUGUCUUACUGCGGCUACAGCUGCAGAUAAGAUAUUUGUCCACAACCCACAUACAAGAUCUCUUAAAUCAGGAGGACGUUGGUCAGCAGGAAGCCGUAAAUCUGAUGAUAUUAGCUUGCUUAAUAUCAAUCAGACAGUGUCUUCUGUUGCUUCUGGUAUUUUAAAGCCAGGAUCUAUAGAGGAAGUGCUGUUGGUAGGAACCCCUACGAAUUUACUAGCUUAUGAUGUUGAAAACAAUUCUGACUUGUUUUAUAGAGAGGUCGCUGAUGGGGCUAAUUGUAUAGUUGUUGGAAGGAUUGGUGGGGUAAACAAACCCUUGGCUAUAGUGGGAGGUAACUGUUCCCUUCAAGGUUUUGAUAAUGAAGGCAAUGAUUCAUUCUGGACUGUAACAGGGGAUAAUGUUAGCUCAAUGUCACUUUGUGAUUUCAACGAAGAUGGGCAAAAUGAACUGUUAGUUGGAUCUGAAGACUUUGAUAUACGAGCUUUCAAAGGUGAUGAAAUCAUAGCCGAGAUGACAGAAACAGAAGCUGUGAUUGGCUUAUGUCCUGUUUUGGGAAAUUACUUUGGUUAUGCCUUGGCCAAUGGGACUGUUGGAGUGUAUCAUCAGGGUGAGAGAGCUUGGAGAAUUAAGUCUAAAAACCAAGCUAUCAGCAUAUUUAACUAUGACUUGGAUGGAGAUGGAGUGCCUGAACUUAUUACUGGUUGGAGCAAUGGAAAGAUUGAUGCUAGAAAUGCGCAGACUGGGGAAGUUGUUUUCAAAGAUAAUUUUUCUCACUGUAUUGCUGGAAUCACUAGAGGUGAUUACCGAAUGACUGGAGAAGAAGAACUGAUUUUUUGUGCUGUUGAUGGAGAAGGUAAGCUGAAUCCUUUUUUGGUUUUCAAGGAUAAUUUUUCUCACUGUAUUGCUGGAAUCACUAGAGGUGAUUACCGAAUGACUGGAGAAGAAGAACUGAUUUUUUGUGCUGUUGAUGGAGAAGUUCGAGGAUACUUGCCAACUUCUGCUGAGUUGAGACACCAUAUUUUGGAUGCUAACUUUGAGCAGGAUACAAUCAGAGAACUAAGCCAGAAAAAACAGAACUUGUUGUUGGAAUUAAAAAACUAUGAAGAAAAUGCCCGUGUUGGGAGUGCUGGACUCAGAGGACCUGUAAAAGCAAGUCAAGAGAAUGACCAGUAUGGUGUUAUUCCAGCCAACACUCAACUUAAAACAGGAUUGGCUAUUAGUAUGGGAUCUGGAAAAACGCCAGCUCAUGUUGAAGUUGCUCUCCAAACUACCAAUAACACCAUUAUCAGAACAGUGUUGAUUUUUGCAGAGGGCAUAUUUGACGGAGAGUGUCACGUAAUCCACCCAAAGGAGAGUCAGCUGAACUCCAGCCUAAGAAUUCCUCUGUUUCCACCAAAGGAUGUUCCGAUAGAUCUUCAUAUUAAGGCCAUGGUUGGCUAUAAAGGAAGUAUGCACUACCAUAUUUUUGAACUUACCCGCCAACUCCCACGCUUUGCUAUGUAUGCUCUGUGUACAGAAAAUGAAACAAAGUUGGAAGAACCUCGGAGCACAGUCACUUUCGUUGUCAAUGAUAGAAUACCAAGGGUUGUCAUGUGGAUCAACCAGAACUUUCUCUUGCUCGAAGAUCUGGAGGUCAAAGGGAAACUUCAUGUCACCUUUCUUUCUCUUCGUACAUCCCAGCUGCUAGUUAUAAAUAUGGACACAGGUGGUCAGGUUACCAUCAAAACUGAAGAUAUGGAAGUAGCUGGUGAAGUCAUUCAGUCAAUGUCACAGUUUCUUAACCUCGAAGAUCUGGCUGUAACAGCCGAGUUUUCUCAAGAAAUGGAAAAUCUUAGCAACCUGUUAACAAAGGUAGAAGAACUCCAGUCAGUACGACAGCGUUUAUCAGCUGACAUGGCAGACAACUCUGGUGUCAUUCGAAGCUUGGUCAUCCGUGCGGAGGAUUCGCGGUUAAUGGGCGACUUCAAAUCUAUGAGAAAAUGGUAUCAAGAACUAUAUGCUUUUAAUCGUGAUCUUAUCAACGGGUAUAAAAUUCGAUCAAACAAUCAUGAAGAACUCCUGUCAUGUCUUAAGCAAGUGAACCAAACCAUACAGAAAGCUGGCAGGCUUCGAGUUGGGAGACCCAAGACUCAAGUGAUAAAUGCCUGUCGAGCUGCUAUUAAGAACAAUAAUACAAGUUCCCUAGUCAGAAUUAUACGCACUGGUGAGCCAUAACGAACAGCUCUUGAAUUCAGGACACGUUGUUCCUGAAAAUCUAGUCGUCUGUGAUCAUCUUUAAAUUGUAGAAUGUUUAACGUUUCUUAUUGUUUCUGCUCAUGUAUACAGUUUCGUGAUUAUUUUUUGAAUAUGGGAAACUGUAACUGAACGUUAUUCCUACAAACAAAUAGCACAUAAGUGCACAUACGUUAAGUUAGACACUUGCAUGCUAAUACUCAAUCACGUGAGCAUUUUUGUUUGCAUGAUUUUUUAGUCAACAUUGAAAUAAUAACCAGUGAUGUGUCCCACUAUUCCUAACUAUUUGUACAUUUUGUCAUUUUACUUUUGAAAAAAUAAUGUAACAUUAUUUUACUAGUUUGAGUACUGGCUUUAUAACUAUCUUUGUCAAUAAUGUAUACAGUUUUAUAUUCUGACUGUGUGGCUCAGUAUAAUGUCUCAUUUUUAACAAAAAUCUGCAGGAACUCCACUAGAUGUCUAAACUAUCUUUAUAGAAUGAAAAUUAAUAUUUAAUUUAGGUAGAUAUAGAGGAGUUACCCCUGUGAGUUAACUUUCUUAAUGCACCACCUAAUUCUGUUCAAGAUAACAGCUGACCCUGUGAGUUAACUUUCUUAAUGCACCACCUAAUUCUGUUCAAGAUAACAGCUGACCCUGUGAGUUAACUUU